UUUACGUUUCAAAAUAAUUUUAAUCUUCUUAUUCUAUAUAAUAGAUUUGUACAGCCAAAGAUUAAUAUUUUAUAGAAGAAUUAAAACAUAAAUACUGAACGGUUUAAAAAAUAAAUUACAAAGCAACGAAUUUCACGCAUACUUUAAUGGCAUACUUAAGCGUGUUUUGCUGUGAUACGUUAGAUAUGUGGUGUUUUAAGUAACCCAACAGGCUUGUGGAAUACAUAAAAAAUUCAAAUGGCGGAUGACGACUUUUUCGGUUCCAAACCUGAUGUCACAAAGGAACUGAUAAAAACAAAAGUCUCAAACAAUAGCACCAGACGGGAAUAUUUAAGAAUGAAAUCGGAGCAAGCACUCGCACACAGACAGGCCUCAUCCUUGCAUUCAAUCACUGAAGAAGAAACCAGUCGCAAACCUAGUCUUGUAGCACCAGAAGAAGUCAUCAAAAUACAGCAAGAAGAACCAGAAGUGACAUCAUUUCCUUUUGUCGACAGUGUUGACGGUGUUACAAAUAAAAGAAACAAAAAAGAUGUAAAGUCUGUAGAGGCCAAUGAGAACCCGGGUCAUAAACAUGGUGCCAAAUUGUGUAUGCUCUCUGCAAUGGUUCAUAUGAAAGUGCUGGCAAAUAGAAGAGCAAAAAGUAUAAAACAACUAAGAAAAAACCCAAGGACAACAUUAGAUGAUAAGAAUGCUAACAAAGAUGAUUCAGAUGAUGACGAGGAUGAAGAAGAUGGCCCAUUAAGUUAUCUAAAAAACUGUCGUUACCUUAGGGGUGUUAAACAGGAUCAGGAAUUGUCAAUUGAGGAUAUUUUUGGAUGAAGAAAUAGUCAGAGUACGUUCGGAUUAAAGAAACUCUUACAUAACUAUUUAAUCUACGAUACUGAAGUACAACUGAUAGGAUAGAGCCUUGACUUUGUAUAAGACUUUUUAAGCAUAUCUAAAUGUAUAUUGUACAAAUAUUUCAUUCAAGACAUUUACAUACUGAUUAUGCCAUGUCCUAACAGUUCAUGCACUAUUCAAAUAGAACACA